AUGUCCCUUCGAUCGCUGAACACGACAACAGCCCCUGCGGCUAGCCGAGACCGCUCGCAAUCGCUGCUCUCCCCCUCCGAUUACGAUGCCGAUGCGAUUUCAAUUCGGAGCGAACAGGACACCGACAGCGAAGAUGACGAACGCCAGCUCCGUGCGCGUAACAGCCGCGAGCUUCUUGCCCAUGACCGCCUCGUCUUGAUGGAGGAGGAAGAGCUGGAACAGAUGGUGACCGAGACCCGGCGGAAGCAAGAGCUGGAACGCACAGUCUCUAACCUGCCAAUCCCCAAUCCUUUACGAAUGCUUGCGCGCCGCAUGAGCGAUGUUUCGCCGUCACGAUCUAGAAGUUCCUCUAGCGCACCGGGAGCGUCAACGGACGAUCUGGUGGCCGACAAGCGGAAUAAGCGGCGAGCAAGGAGACAGGCCAAGAGAGACAGACUGCUGGCUGAGGCACAGCACGGGGAGGACGGCGAAUUGAUGUACGAGAUGGAGGAAGGGGCCAUGAAAGACGGAAGUUCUACGGGCGACAGCAGCGACCGCGAAGACAGCGACGAUGUCGACCGAAGAGGCCUGCUGCAUUUCGCGGAUGCCAAGGCUAGACGCAAGCGAGACUGGUGCCGAUGGAUACUCAUAUACAGCUUGAUCAUCGUCGCCUUCGCCAUCCUGUUUUUGACGGCGUGGAAGUUGUCACUAACACAGCGGGGGAAUGCCACUUCGAGGCGACCGCUAGUGAGCAAUGGCACUGCCAUGUUUGCACCUACUACCAUCAUCUUCAGUCUGGAUGGCUUCAGGGCCGAUUUUCUCAAUCGAGGACUAACACCAAGACUCAGUUCGUUCAUCAAGGAGGGCGUGUCGCCAUUGUACAUGCUGCCAUCUUUCCCUAGCGUCACAUUUCCUAACCACUAUACGCUUGCAACAGGCCUGUAUCCCGAAGCUCAUGGUGUUGUUGGUAACACCUUUUGGGAUCCCACGCUCCGAGAGGAGUUCUACUACACUGACCCAGCGCGGAGUUUGGAUCCAAAGUGGUGGCGCGGAGAGCCCUUCUGGGUUUCGGCUCAGAAACAGGGACUCAAAACGGCCAUCCACAUGUGGCCAGGGAGCGAGGCCCACGUUUUGGACAUUGAACCUACCUAUAUGGAUAGGUAUAACGGAAAAGAGAAGCUCGGAAACAAAGUUGAUCGAAUUCUAGGCUUUUUGGACAUGCCAGAUGAUCAACGGCCACAAGUUAUCGCGGCAUAUGUACCAAAUGUUGACUCUGACGGUCACAAAUAUGGCCCGAACAGUACUGAGAUCCGAUCUACUAUCGAAAAGGUCGACAUGAUGAUGGACAAGGUCUUUAAGGGACUGGAGGAGCGGCAUUUGACCGACAUUGUCAAUGUUAUUGUGGUCUCGGACCACGGCAUGGCGACCACUGAUAUAUCCCGACUUGUACAACUUGAGGACUUGGUCGACCUCAGUAAGAUCGAGCACACAGACGGCUGGCCGCUGGUGGGACUGAGACCCAAGAACCCCGAUGAGCUUGAGGACAUUUACCGCGACCUGAUUGAGAAAACGAAAACGAACCCGAACCUCGAGGUCUAUCUGCGCGAUGUCAACAUGCCGGAGAGAUAUCAUUUCUCGAAGAAUGAACGGAUUGCUCCUCUUUGGAUCGUACCUAAAGCAGGCUGGGCUUUGGUCAAUAUGAAAGAGAUGAACCUGAAGGAGGCGCAGGCGCAAGGAGCCGUGUACCACCCUCGCGGUCUUCACGGUUAUGAUCAUGAGCAUCCCUUGAUGAGGGCAGUAUUCAUUGCCCGCGGUCCGGCUUUCCCUCAUGAGGCGAACAGCCGGCUUGAAGUUUUCCAAAACAUUGAAGUUUAUAACAUUCUCUGCGACUCUGUCGGCAUCUCCCCGGCGCCUAAUAACGGGACAAUUCGUCUUCCGUUGAAGCCGGUAGGGCUCCAUAAUGACGAACCGGGAGCCGGGAUCGAGAGCCCGGCAGACCCCGUGACAUCUUACACACUAACCUCAUCCGCUGCCCUUCUUGCCACCUCAUCUAUCACCACUCCUACCACGGUGUCUACCACUGAUCCGGCACAGUCGGUUCCUGCUUCCCCUGCUACCUCGGCCAUUACAUCGGCCAAGACCUCCUCAACCACAUCCAGCCCAAAUACCCUUAGCACCAACCAGCCCAACCCGCACCCUACCGACCAACCGCCCGAAGGUGACAAUGGGACAGACGGUGGCAAACCGUCUGAUGACAAUUCCGAUUCGAAGACACCAAAUUUCUGGGACUGGUUCAGCGGGGAAGUGAGUAAGUGGUGGGAGAAGGUAUCGAAUUCGGGCAAGGAUGACAAGUCGGACGGCAACAGCUCAUCAGCGACCUGAUUCGGUUGAUUGUAUUCUCUUGAGAGUUUUUGCGGCAUGCAUUUACGGCGUUGUUGGGAACACGCGAGAUGCUCAAAUACCACGCGUCUCUGUUUAUGAUUCAUGGGUUUUCAAACU